UAGCAUAUCGGUCGAUGAACUCUCUUAACUAGGUCUUCACGACCUCUUACUAGACGAGUCAAUGACCGUACAUUAAAAUCUCACAAUGCUGAAACGUCUGGUAUUUGAUGCAUUUCACAAUAAUGCAUACACUAUCGCGAUACAUAUAACGUUUAACUUAAGGAUGUUUAAAUAACAGGAAGUAAAAAUAAAAGAGUUUGAUCAUUUAAUCGAAUGUCAGUGAAAAAAAAAAACAGUAGAUGAAAUGGAAUAUUGUCACGAUGAAAAAUAAAGAGGCGAGGUGUGUGUGCUGUACAUCAUAUGUGAAAGCAGUAAAGUAAAAAUCGAUCAGAGAUUUAAGGUUCACAGUGGAGGUGAGAGUUUGUUUAAGGCUAGUCAAAUAUAAGAAAUGUCAAGUAGUCGUCUACUUCCCAUGUCUGCUGAAUCUCCCCUCGAUUUAACAGUGAAACGAACAGAUAUGGAUUCUAAUAGCUCUAACGAUUACCUCCAGCAAUCCUUUACCGCUACCAUAGCAACGCUAAAUAACCCCAUGGUUGACUUUUCUACAUAUCAGCAAAAUAAUUCCGGUGGAUUUUACGAAGCUGAAGAACAUUAUUCACCAAUGUAUAGCGAAAGUGUCACCCCACCCAUGUACACUAUUCCUCAAGGCUCACCUUCGUCCAACCAGAAUCUCAACGUUCCAGCGACUGUACAAACUUCAGCGCCAUCGUCCCCAGUCUAUGACGUCAAUCAGAAACAUUUUGAGCAUAGUUCAAUAUUGCCGAAGAAGCGCAAAAAUUUAUGGCGGCCAUACGAUCGGACGGCUUUGGGUAUCAAUGUUUCCGUUGAAAGAGAAGGUGACAGUGGAUCUGAUUCUGGGUCAAACUCUUCCUCGGACCAAGAGUUUAAAGCUCCGAAAACUCCUAUGGAUCCGAUGAAAAGAAGAAAGCGUAAUAUGCUCCAGUAUGCCGAGGAGCAUUUGGAUGACAACAAGUUAAGCGUUAAACAAUCAAACACAUCAUCUAGUCACAUAAAAUCAACACCAGCGGACGAACUAAAUAAAGUCAUUGUGCCAUCACCAACUAAAAGUACUGACACUUUUGUAUCAUCUCGUAAUGCUAAUGACAAUGCAGAUGUGCGUGAGCAAGUGAUCUCAGGAAUGAAAAAACGCGACAUUUUCGGAUGGUCUCUGAAGUUAUCGAAACCACCCGAAGAAGUAGAUACAAGCGUUUCCAGUAGACCAAAUGUAUGUCAAGAUGGAGAUAAAACAUAUUUCGAGCUACAAACAGUAAAGAAAAAUGGAUUUGAAGGUUCGACACAAAGCAUAAAUGUAGAUGUCCCGGUGAAUCAAGGAAUCUCAAACGGGCCGUCUCCUAAAAAUCAGCAUUCAAAAACAAACAGUGGUAAGAGGAAUACCACAAGUAAAAAACAAACGAAAGAUAUUGAGAAAGAAAAUAAUAAGAAUUCACCAAGCAACCGCGUCUUUAUACAAAGAAAAGACAACGUUGUAGAGAGUUAUGAUGAAACACAAAAUGUUCCCCCAAAAGAGGAAACUAAAAAGAAACUGUCUCUAAUAGAUCUUAUUGAAGAAAUCGAAGCAGACGCUUUGAAACAAGAUAAGGAAGAAGUUGAAAAAACAAAAAGGAGGAACAUGGGUAUAGUGAAGCUGCUAGAGCAGUGUAAUCAUGUUAAGCUACAAGCGUUGGACUACCUGAUGUCGAACGUGAUCAUACAAGAAAGGGGACCAUCGUUCAAAAAUCAAAAUGAGACCGUUCAGAAAAUGUUGAAGGGCGAUAAAAUAGGUUCAGUAAAUAUGCUUGAUGUGGUAGAGCUACAAGUCGAAAUGGGACUAAACUGACAUGCUAUAUGUGUAUCAAGUAUUUGUCAUGUGGUUGAAUAAUAAGUUUAUUGGAGUGUAAGAUAGUAUUAUUAACUUCGGUAAAACAGUGCAGUAUUUUAUUUUGAAAAGUACAUACGUUGUAACUGCUUGUUGUCAACUAUUGUUCAAGAGAGUCUCAACACGCUGAGGUUUGGAGAUGUAUAGUGAUAACGUGACUGAUUUGCGAAAGUAGUCUAAUUCCGAAAACAGUGCGAUAUGUUAUGUAGUUUGUAUCAGAGAAAGUGACUUAUUGUUGGUAAAGUGGUAGGUGAAGGCGACUGAAUUGUUGUGAAGUUUACCUAUGACCUGAACGUGUUGGAUAUAUUGAGUUGAAAUUGUUAGACAAGGCACCUUAAACAGUCCCAAGGUGAAAAAAAGCGGCGGUGUAGAACUUUUGGGCAACAAACUGUAGGCCAUGAACAAUACGAGUUCUAAGUCAAAAAGUUUGGCAUUGAUUACCAAACAGAAAUAACUUAUUUUAUUUAUGUUUUAAAUUGUGUUACUCAUGUAUGAAAGUUUAGUUUUUGCAGUGCUUUAUUUAGUCGUAACCCCUGCUAACGGUUCAAAUGAAUCAAGAAUAUAAUUUAUAGUUCAUAUAAUUCAUCAUUAAAUCGAAUUAAUAUUGGUGAUUUGCAGGGAUCAAUGCGCGCGUCUCACUGGUAACUACUGAAUUUUAUCACUUUUUAAAUUAUAUUUAUAUUGCGUACACCAGAUUAGGUAAUUUAACAACAUAUAAUCAUUUUACACUCGUGAAAAUUCGACAUAAUUUGGUUCCUUCCGUUUAAACUGUUUACUUACUUAAUAUGACCGGAGGGACAUAUUUUUUGUAAAUUACCUACAGUCAAAAAUGUAAAUAUAGUCUCGAGCGUAAAACUUCCUUCUAAGUACAAGUGCUCCAUUAAUCUAGUAUAAAUGCACGUACUGGCAUUAUACGUUUAGAAACUUACCAUGAAUUUUAACAUAAGAUAUAAAAACGUCUCAAGAACACUUAAAGUAUAAUAUAUUAACAUUUUUAACCGAAAUUUGUUAGACAUUGUUAAACAAAUAUGACAAUGCCUUCAAUAUAUGAGAAGGCUAAAUUGACCUUACAUGAUAUAUAUUGUUUAUUAUUAAGAUAAAAUACAUUUUGCUGCGCUCUGCAAUAAUCGUUACGUUUUGUGAAUUCUAUUAAUUUUAUAUAUGUUGUUAUUCUAUAAAUAGUUGUGUAUCAGUACUUGAAAGAAGAGUGUAUGUGCGUCUGUGUGAACACUUUAAUACUUUGUAUACAUGUAUAUAUAUGUGAGCGUGAGAUAGUAAAUGAAAGAUGAUAAUUGUACGUAAACUAGUAAGAUAUGUAAAUGUACUUAAACUGGUAAGAGGUGUAAAUGUACGUAGACGGGUAAGAAAUUUAAAUGUACUUAAACUGGUAAGAAAUGUAAAAGUACUUAAACUGGUAAGAAAUGAUAUAUGUACCUAGAUUUAGAUUGGAAAUAAAUAAUAAAUGUAAUUAAAUGGUAAGAAAUUAUGAAUGUACAUGUACUAAAAUUGGUAAAAAAUUAUAAAGGUACUUAGAUCUAGAUUAGUAAAUGAUAACUUGAUGUACUUAAUUAGUAAGAAAUUAUGAAUGUGUUAAAUUGGCAAGAAACAAUAAAUGUGUUCCAUUUUCCAUAAAUACAUGUAAUCAAAUGAGCCGCGUCACGACAAAACCAACGUAAUGCGUUUGCGAACAGCAUGGAUCCAGACCAGCCUGCGCAUCCGUGCAGUCUGAUUAGGAUCCAUGCUGUUCGCUUACAAACCCUAUAACAAGUAGAGAAACUGAUAGCGAAUAGCAUGGAUCCUGAUCAGACUGUGCGGAUGUGCAGGCUGGUCUGGAUCCAUUUUGGUCGCAAAGGCAUUACGUUGGUUUUGUCGUGACGCGACUCCAAUCAUUAAAAUGUUAUUUUGAACACACAGCAUGUAUUUAUUCUUUUUUUAUGAAAAAUUGACUUUUUCAUUUUCAUUUUCAUACUGCAUAUUUCUAUUUUCUUAUUUUUUCUAUAUAACAAAAUUUUGAAUUUUUUCUGUACUGUUGAGUUUUUAAGAGCAUUACAGUAACUUUGUUAGCUACAUGUUAUUAUUCUUUUUUUAUUGAAGGGCACAAUUUAUCUCUAUAACAGAGACCAUUAUUGAGCCGCGCCAUGACAAAACCAACAUAAUGGGUUUGCGACCAGCAUGGA